AUGGCUCGCCGUGGGGCUUGCAGGGCAGUUGCUGAGGCAAAUAGCCAACUUCUCACGAACCAAUCCUUGGCAAACAGCGAAUUUGGUAAACUUCCCGAUAAUAUUAUGCUGGAUAUCUUUUCCUUCAUGGAUACACACGACAAAUGCCGUGUUGCAAGAGUCUGCAAAUCCUGGAACCGUCUCAUUAAUGACAAAUCACUAUGGCAACAUGUUGAUCUUCAGAAUUGUCGUGUAAACUUGCGGAAUGUUUGGAAAGUUGUUAGAAAUCAUCUCUCAACCUCCCUCAAAUCAUUGAAAUUGAGAGGAUUUUUAAAUUCUGUCAAGAAUACCGAGUGCCUUUCUAAUGCUGUGCUUAUGGAUCUUAAGGAGCGCUGUCCAAAUUUAAAAUACUUAGAGGUUGUAGAGGCUAAUUUUGGUGCACUGGAAGUGACUAGUUUACCAAAGAGUCUUGCUACCUUAGUUCUAAGAUCGUGUCAGCUUCCUAUGCGCUGGUUUAAAGGAAUGAAAGAACACAAUGCUCUCCCGGAGCUGGAGUACCUUGAUUUAACCAGAUGUACCCGCAUAGCCCAGUUUGAUCUCCGGGACAUAGCUAUCCGGAAACACAUCAAGGUCCUGAAACUCAGCAACUGUUAUCGGAUAAAUGACACCGGAGUGCAGCACAUAACCGAAGAAUUCCCAGAUUUAGAAGUAUUAGAGUUGAAUGCCUGCGACAUAACAGAUCUGAGUCUCCAUCACAUUAGCAGACACUUGAAGAAAUUAAAAAUGUUGAACUUGUCACAGUGUGUCUCACUGUCAGAUUCGGGCGUCGUUAGUUUGAGUACGCUGAAAUCACUGCACUGGCUCAGCGUGUAUCAAUGUCAUAAACUGUCAGAGGAUGGCAUAGUUCAAGUUGCUAGGUCCAUGAAAUCACUCACAUAUUUUAAUGUAUCCGGCGUGAAAAACGUUACAAAUGAGACAAAAGAGUUGAUCAAGGUGGCAUUGGCAGGCUGUGAAGUCUGUGUUGAUGGUGAUGAAUGUCCAUAUAUACGCUGCAUUUAUUAAAACCUUUAAAACCGGACAGUAAAUACAACAACAUCAAAGCAUAGUUGAAU